AUGUUGCUUCUUCUCUUUACCUGUCCUCAGUUCCCAGUCCCCGGUCCCCAGUCAUCUUCUCUUUUUAUCUACAAAUAUAAACCCCCUUCUUCUCCUUCAUCCCCUUCUUUCAAUACCUCUUCAUCAUCUCUCUUUCAUUAUAAAUUAUUCUUAUAUACACUAGUGUUUCAUUUCGGCUAUCUAAAACAUACCAACAUGUGUAGUUCUAAUAAGGCUAAUGUCGCCACUGGCAUUGAAGCAACGCCGGCGGUUGCUAAAAUUAAUGGCAGACCUGUUCUUCAACCUGCCUGCAACCGUGUUCCUAACUUAGAACGCCGUAAUUCGUUGAAGAAAUUAUCAACAAAAUCUUCUCCUCCUCCACCCCAACCACCACCAUUGCCAACUUUUGCUUCUAAGAUUUGUCUCACUCCUCCUAUUUCUCCCAAGUCCAAGUCACCUAGGCCGCCAGCCAUUAGGCGAGCUGGUAGUGACAACAAUGGAUUGAAUUCAAGCUCCGAAAAAGUUGUUACUACUCCUAGAAACACCAUCAAGACUUUAGAAAGAAUGAAGUCUAAAAGUUUCAAGGAAGGUGGUCUUGGUCUUGGCAAUAACAAUAUAGAGGCUUCCUUGAGUUAUUCUUCUUCUUUGGUUGUUGAGUCACCAGGAAGCAUUGCUGCUGUGAGGAGGGAACAAAUGGCUCUACAACAUGCUCAACGUAUGAUGAGAAUUGCUCAUUACGGGAGAUCAAAGUCCGCCAAAUUUGAAGCCAAAAUUGUUCCCAUUGAUGAUUCUAAUAGCACAACUACAACAAAAGUUACUGAAGAAGAGAAGAGGUGCGGCUUUAUUACGCCAAAUUCAGAUCCCAUCUAUGUGGCUUACCAUGAUGAAGAAUGGGGAGUUCCAGUUCAUGAUGAUAAUAUGUUGUUUGAAUUGCUUGUCCUGAGUAGUGCUCAAGUUGGCUCGGACUGGACUUCAAUCUUGAAGAAGCGACAAGAUUUCAGGGACGCAUUUUCAGGAUUUGAUGCAGAAACAGUGGCCAACUUGACUGACAAACAGAUGAUGUCAAUUAGUACACAAUAUGCCAUUGAUAUGAGCCGAGUUAGAGGAGUUGUCGACAAUGCUAUCCGAAUUCUUGAGAUUAAAAAGGAGUUUGUAUCAUUAGACAAAUACAUAUGGGGAUUUGUUAACCAGAAAGCGAUCAACACACAGUACAAAUUUGGGCACAAAAUUCCAGUGAAGACAUCAAAAUCUGAGAGCAUUAGCAAGGACAUGGUUAGGAGAGGACUGAGGUUCGUAGGUCCAACAGUGGUCCAUUCAUUCAUGCAAGCCGCAGGCCUAACCAACGAUCACUUAAUCACUUGCCACCGGCACUUCCCAUGCACCUUAUUUGCAGCUCGCCGCCGCCCCAUAAUUAAUCAAGAACCAACCACUGAUGAUCAUCAUCAACUAUAGACUUAUCUAAUAUAUAUAUUCAAUUUCUAACCAUACUUAUAUGUUUUACUUUGAAUGUAAAAUAUGGGAUAUAUAUGAGUUUGAUACUUUUGAUUGCCUAGUGUGAGUGUUUUGAAAAUGGGAAAAAGAAAGAAAAGAAGAAAGGGGAUUGGGAUAAGUGCUAUGGUGGAAGAGACAGAUGAGAGCAUUUGGAAAUGGCAGGCAAAUGCAUGUGUGGGAUGUCAGUUGCUUUUAAAAUUCCAUGUGAGAAUCGAUCAAACUUGAAUUAUUUGUCACGUUUGCUUCCCUUUAACAGGCUGUGCGUGCUGUUAUAGGAGGAGCGUCUGUCUGCGUAGACCCACCCACCAUCCAUAUUCCUUGGCUUAGCUAUAGUCAUCUCUGAUCUUUUUCUUUUGGGGUUUGAGUUGUAUUGUAUUUGCUAACCUUUGUGACUUUGGGUGAAUAUUAUCAGAAAAUUAACCCAAUAAUAAUAUGUAUCUUGGAUUUGGUGUGGAUUCUUAGAAUGAUUAUAAAUCAUGUUUGAAGCA